AUGGUCUGUCAGCCAGAUAGUCAGCCAAAAUGUUCAUUGCUUAUUCACUGUGCCAGUCAGCCCUCCUGUGGAGAACUUAAAUGCUCCAUAGAAGUUGGCAACAUAACCACAGUCACCACAUUUGUCCUCCUAGGACUAUCCAGCAACCCUCAGAUCCAGGCUGUGCUCUUUGUGCUCUUCCUGGGGAUUUACCUCCUGACCCUAAUGGGGAACCUGACAAUGCUGCUGGUGAUCAGAGCUGAUUCUCACCUCCACAGGCCCAUGUACUUCUUCCUGAGUCACUUCUCCUUCCUGGAUGCUUUCUAUUCUGUCAUUGUGCCUAAACUGCUAGAGAACCUUCUUUCCAAGUGGAAGACUAUAUCUCCCCUUGAGUGUUUCACCCAGAUCUCCUUGGUCAUAUUUUCCGGGGCCACUGAAGCUUGCCUCCUUUCAGUCAUGGCUUAUGACUGGUUCCAGGCUGUGCGCCACCCACUGUUGUAUGUGGUGGCGAUGAACAAGAAGGUAUGUACUGGCCUGGUGAAAGCAUCGUGGGCCAUCGGAAUGGGGACUGGCCUGGUUAACAGCAUCCUUCUGGCUCAGCAGCACUUCUGUGGCCCCAAUCUUGUCCACAGUUUUGCCUGCGAGCUUCCCCCAGUGCUCCUGCUGACCUGUUCUGACCCCUAUAUUAGUGUUGCUUCCAUCCUGACCACCAUGGCAGUCCUGGGCCUUGGUACGCUUGUCUUAUUGCUGGGCUCCUACAGUCGUAUCAUCAUGACAGCCCUGGGAAUCAACUCUGCCAUGGGUCAGAGCAAGAUCUUUUCCACCUGCUCUUCUCAUUUUCUUGUGGUCACCAUCUUUUAUGGUUCAGGAGUUUUCAGGUAUGUCAUACUGUAA